UUUAUUGAAUCGCAUAGCUUUAGACACGGUUUUCUAUAAUUUUUAUAAUUUCUUAUUUAGAUCACAAGUAAUUACGUCUUCGAUUAUAUCCGUUGUAAAGUCCGUUAUAGUCCGAGUAUCGAAUUUAUAAAUAUCGAUUUCAUUAUCAAAUAUGUCGAAGUCACUAGGAAGUAAAAACUGUUUGACAUAAAUUUUGAGUAGUUUUUCCAUCGCAGUUGUCACUCAUAUUUUUGUGCGUAAUUUGCGGAGAGUCGUGCGAUCGAGUGAGUGCGAGUCAAGAGACGGAAAGAAUCCCGAAGCCAAUCUUAGAAUCUGCGAACCACGGCGACAACAACGACGACGACAGCCAGCGAGUGGAGCAGCCGCAUGCCACGUCCAUCGACCAGUGUAAUUGUCACUAAUCCCAGUGCAACUCAUUCCUUCAGCGGUACCAUGACUACCGACGGCAGUGAACUGCAUGGCAUCUCCAUACGCCGCACAACCACUUCGAAUGUCGGCUACCAAACGGUGGCCAUCGAUCUCAGUAUGCGUCGUCCCGCAAACGAGGUCAUCGAGAUUGAUGACGGCGAUGCGGCCGCCAACGCCGAGGUGGCCGCCAUCAACGAUGGCAGCAGCACUUCGAAUGUCGGCUCCCAAACGGUGGCCAUCGAUCUCAGUAUGCGUCGUCCCGCAAACGAGGUCAUAGAGUUUCAGAGCAGCGACGACGACGAGUGUGUCUUCGUACUGGAACGGAAGCCACCGCAUUUGCGUACGCCGGAGCUAGUUAGUCUCGACUCGAAUAGCGACUCAGAUGUGGACUUUGUAGAUGAACAAAAGGCGAGUCCGGUGGCCAAGGCCAACGAUGGGGAAGGUGAUGGCGGCAGUGUCAGCAUAGAUCAGGAAAUGGAGACAGCAGACAAUGAGCUCUAUAUGGAUCCCAGCACCAGCACGGGCAGCUCGAGUAGUGACGACAGCAGCUAGGAUGGAGCUGCAUACAUACAAUUUGCUCAUACAAAAUAUUUCUUUAAUAAAA